AUGCGUCUUAUGAAAUUGUCAGUGCCUCGCAAAAGCGCCAAUUGGUCCUUGUUCGAGUCCCUCCACAGACUUCUGAAAGUUCUCACCGGCCUUGCCUUGUCCCCGAUCAUGUGCUCAUUUAACAGGCGAAGAAAAGGACGAAAUCCGUUCACUUGUGGACAGAGAGGAUGCCUAAGGCUCCGUCCUGUCCUGACCUGGUCGACUCGGCAAUUUAGAGCGAACUGUCACCUCGCGACAGGCAGCAGCUUCGAGCCCGACUUUGAUGAAGACCGUCGCAGUAACGGAUUGCCAAAAGGGGGUCCGCUGCCUCUAAACUGGUCUUUCGGACGUGGCUAG